GUGGGAUUAAGGUCUAACAGAAAUGCAGAUAAUUAAAAACAAAAUUAAGACUAACUGCAAACUAUUGUAAUACUAGCACCAGCUACACAAUUUUAUUGGAUUUUCUCCUUUUGUGUAACACUAAAAAACGUGUGUUUUUCUUUAGGAAGAUGGAGAGAUUUGCUCUGUGGUUUAUCUUUCUUGCCGGAUCCCUUGCACAAGAAGAUUUGGUUGGCAAUGUCUUUCUCUUUCCCAAGCCAUCAGUAACCACGUAUGCAAUCCUGAAACCAGAGGUAGAAAAGCCACUGAAGAAUCUCACCGUCUGCUUGCGAUCCUACACAACGCUCACUCGAUUCCAUUCCCUUUUGUCUUUGGCCACUAGUAAUCCAUUGCAGGACAACGCGUUUCUCCUUUUUUCCAAGCCACCCAACCAAUGUUCUAUUUAUAUUAACCAAGAAGAAAAUGUUUUUAAGGUUGAUCCCACUGCUGUUGAGUGGAAACACACCUGUGUGAGCUGGGACUCUGUCUCUGGAGUGGUUGAGCUCUGGAUCGAUGGGAAAUUGUAUCCUAGAACAGUUUCCAAAAAGGCAUCAUCUAUUGGUUUUCCAUCUAGUAUUAUCCUGGGGCAGGAACAGGACUCCUUUGGUGGUGGGUUUAAUAUUGACCAGUCCUUUGUGGGUGAAAUAAGUGAUGUUCACAUGUGGGAUUAUGUAUUGACCCCAGAUCAUAUACAGAAGGUUCUGUUUGCCAAUAUGGAUUUCAAUGGCAAUAUCAUUAGCUGGAGAUCACUGCAAUACGAGCUAAGAGGUCAGGCCACUACCCAACCUAAACGCCAGUGUAAAACUCUUGAGCAUCAUUAUGGUUUGUUUGCCAAGUGCUAUAAAUGAAAAGUAAUUGAUUUAAGCCUUAAAAACGUUUCCAGUACCUUUACUAAUUGUACUGGAGCUCUUGGUUAUUUUAAAUGAAAAUCAGACAAUUAUAAAGAAGCAUAAUACUACAGAGAUAAUUUGUGUACUCGUUAAAUGAUCACAUUUAAAUCAAUCCUGUUUGUAUUUACAUCAUAUGUUGAUAAUGAAUAAAGUACCUGCUAUGUAUUAUG